AUGAACGGGGAAAAGCUGGCGCUGGUGACGGAACUGCAUAAGCCUGCACGCCGAGAUUACCCACGUCGUCGUGUAGAUGUGCGUGGCAUCGACGAGACCUGGCAGGCGGAUCUUGUUGAUAUGAUUACGUACGCUGGACAAAACAAAGGCUACAAGUACAUGCUCACAAUCAUUGAUAUUUUUUCAAAGUAUGCGUGGGCUGUACCGAUAAAGAGCAAGUCCGGGGAUGAUGUUACAAAGGCAAUAGAAUCUGUGCUUGUUCAAAGACGUGUACCGAAAAAAUUACACGUCGACAGAGGAACGGAAUUUUACAACUCAAAAUUCGGAUCUCUUAUGACACGCUAUGGUGUCAAACUUUACUCCACCAAAAUGUGGACACAGUUCAGCAUGCAAGGAAGCUACAAGUGGCUAGACAUCUUAUCUGAUUUGGUAUUGACUUACAACAACACCAAACACCGAACCAUACGAAUGAAACCAUCGGACGUCAUGGUUGCAAACGAGAGGCAAUUAUUGCGUCAGGCGUACGGAGGGCUUCGAGCGAUACCUAUCAAACCGACAAAGUUCAGAACUGGCGUCGAAGUCCGAAUCAGCAAAUUCAAAAACGUCUUCGAGAAAGGUUAUACUCCCAAUUGGACGACUGAAAUAUUCACAAUAAGCCGAGUGGAAAAUACUCAUCCCCUCACGUACAAUCUCAAAGACUAUCAAAAUCAACCCAUCGCUGGCGGUUUCUACGAACAGGAGCUCCUCAAGGUUGAACAUCCGGACAUCUAUCUCGUGGAGAAGGUUCUCAAAAAGCGUGAAAAGAAAUUAUAUGUUGAAUGGUUAGGUUUUAACUGUACACACAACAGUUGGAUAAAUGAAUCUGACGUAUUACGAUACGGUAAUUACAAAGCUCGAACGUAUAAGCUAAGGUCCAGGCUUAUAGCCCCACGGAAGCGUGUCGGUCGUGUUGUGAAACACGAUCCGCUUGUCGUCAUUGCAGCUCAGUGCCACCUUCUUCUGUCCCACAGUAUAAACCUCAUGCUUUUGUCUCAAGAAUAA